AUGGCGCAGCGCGAAAAGGGCGGCCGCGUCGUGUUCAUCGGCAACAUUCCAUAUGGAGUCAGCGAGGAGCAGAUCAUGGACAUCUUCGGGCGCACCGGUCAAGUCGUGGGAUUCCGCCUGGUGUAUGACAAGGAGACGGGUCAGCCCAAGGGGUUUGGCUUCCUCGAGUACAGCGACACCGACUCGGCCGCGUCCGCCGUUCGCAACCUGAACGAUCACGAGAUUCAAGGACGGACUUUGCGCGUCGAUUACAGCAACGACAACCGCGGCACGAGCAAUCAAAACCAGAAUCAGCCGGGAGAGAGCAAUCGGGUACCACUGCCGCCUUCCCACUUCAUGAACGCAGGGCCCCCGCCGCCCGUGUCCGCCCUGCCUCCGCUCCCGCCAGGCGCCGAGCUACCACCUGGCGUAACUGCCGUCGAUGCUAUCAGCCGUACAUUGCAAGCGAUGCCCACGCCGCAACUGCUCGACUUCAUCAGUCAGCUCAAGGGUCUGACAGCCACCAACCCCGCACAGGCCAAUGCCCUGCUCCAGUCCGCACCUCAGCUGGGAUACGCCGUCUUCCAGGCUAUGCUGCUCCUCGGUCUGGUCGACCCAAACAUUGUUGGCCAGUUGAUUGAGAGCUUGCCUCCGCMCGCGCAAGCCCCUCCACCACAAGCACCACCACAGCAGCCACCCUUGCAGCAAUACCCGCAGCCACCAAUGGGCUACCCUCCACAGCAAUACCAACCACCUCCACAGCAGUAUGCCCCGUAUGCCCAGCCGCCCCCACAGCAACAGUACGCGCAGACAACUCCCGUGCAGCAGAACCCAUACCAGGCACCACCUCAGCAGCAAGCACCACCACCUGCCGUGGAUCCCGGCGAGGCCGCACGCCUGCGCGCACAGGUCAUGGCGCUCACUCAAGAUCAGAUCAAUGGUCUUCCCGCCGAGGCUCGUCAGCAGAUCAUGAACUUGCGUCAGUCCUACGGUUUGCAGGGUUAG